CGAUCAACAGCCAGCCACAGCCAGUCGAGGCUGGGCACGAGCGGGAGUCCUAAGUCUGAUCAUUCGCUCAAGCGUGAAUGCUGUUUAACGCGAAAUAGUCCGUCCAUUUAAAGUAUCAAGUGGUAAACAAAACAUCCUUAGAUAGGAUAUUAGUACCAUGGCCUCUACAGCCGGGCACUUGAUAAAGUGUUUAUUAAAACCUACAAAUUUACGGGGUUGGCGGGGGUGUACCGGUAAACUGAGGUCCUAUUAUACAUACUCCCAUGAGCCAUUCCACCCUCUGAAGCGGGUACCCGCUUGGAAGACUGCAGAGGAGGCUGUGUCUGUCAUUAAAUCUGGUGAUGUGGUGUUUGUGCACGGAGCGGCUGCCACACCUCUUAAACUGGUGGGGGCGAUGGCUGAAUACGGAAAGAAGCAGCAGCUGAGUAAUGUAACAGUCUGCCACAUACACACGGAGGGGUCAGCAGUCUACGCCCAGGCCGACUGUGAAGGUAUUUUCAGGAGCAAUUCCUUCUUUAUCGGGCCUAACUGUCGCGCGGCCAUUAGUGAAGGACGGGGCGAUUUUGUGCCAAUAUUCCUUUCAGAAAUUCCACUACUCUUCCAUCGACACAUCAUUGAUAUUGACGUAGCACUCGUCCAGGUAUCACCACCAGACAAACAUGGCUUCUGUUCCUUGGGCACCAGUGUGGACUGUGCACGGGCGGCCGUCCAGAAUGCCAAGCACAUCAUUGGCCAGGUCAAUCCAUGUAUGCCACGCACAUUUGGUGAUGGUGUGAUCCACAAGAGUCACUUUGACGCCAUGGUGGAUGGGAUCUGUAACUUGCCUGAGCACGAGCCUAAGGAGCGGUCAGAUGUUGAGAACGAGAUUGGUCGACUGAUUGCUGAGGAACUGGUGGUGAAUGGGGCAACCUUGCAGAUGGGAAUUGGCAACAUUCCUGAUGCUGUAUUGGCAUCCCUGAGGGGUCACAAGGAUCUAGGGAUCCACUCUGAGAUGUUCAGUGAUGGAGUGGUGGACCUGGUGGAGGCCGGCUGCAUCACCAACACGCACAAGAAAUACCACCCGGGCAAGAUUGUGGGCAGUUUCCUCGUGGGAACACGGAAACUUUUUGACUUUGUUGAUAAUAAUCCAUUUGUUGUAAUGUGUGAUGUGUCCUUCGUCAACAGUAUUCCUAUUAUUGCUCAGAACCCGAAAGUCACCGCCAUCAACUCCUGCAUUGAGGUCGAUCUAACGGGCCAGGUUGUGUCAGACUCCAUUGGUACCAGGAUGUAUUCAGGUGUUGGAGGGCAAGUAGACUUUAUCCGAGGGGCAGCAGUGUGCAGUGAUGGUCAGGGAAAGCCCAUCUUGGCCAUGCCCUCUGUCACUUCCAGGGGCGAGUCCAAGAUUGUGCCUUUCCUUAAACAAGGAGCAGGUGUGGUGACCACCCGGGCACAUGUACACUACAUGGUGACAGAGUGGGGAAUUGCUUAUUUGUUUGGUAAGAACCUCCGCCAGAGAGCCUAUGAGCUCAUCAGAAUAUCUCACCCUGAUCACCGAGAGUCUCUGGAAAAGGCAGCAUUUGAGCGGCUUAACUGUAUGCCCACCAAGGAAUUGUAGUUCUGUGGUCUGAAUAUUAAGAUACAUUUAGGUAAAUGAUACAGGAAUCAAGGGCAUUGUAGUUAACUGAUUCAGAAUUUAACAGAAAUGAUUCAGAGGUUAACAGUCUAUAAAUUAAAUGAUUCAGAGUUUAACAAAAUUUUAGUUAAUUUGCUUAAAGUUCAAGGGACCUAUAGCUAAAUUUGUUGUACUGUAUAUGAUCCAGAGUUCGAGGGAUUACCAGUGAAAUGAUUGAGGGUUCAAGGGACUUUUAACCAAAAAAAAAAAAAAUCCUAUAUAGUUUGGGGAGAAGUACAUAUAAAUUUUAAUAAA